CGGCCCCUUAGUUGGACCAACUUUCAAUAAAAGGAUCAGGACUUUCUCGCACUUCGCCUGCGGAUUUACCAGAGCCAGAUUUUGCCAAACCAGUCGUGAGUUCAGAAGUUCCUCCGGCAAGUGACGACGGCGCCAUGAAGCUCAGACUCAGAUCUUCCGUCACCAAAGAAACCAUACGGAUCGACGUCCCUCCUUCUUCCACCCUGCUGGAACUCAAACACCGACUUUCUCAGGCACUCCCCGCAUCAUCAGCCGUUUCCUCGUCGUCUUCUGCAGAUUACAUUCGCCUGUCGCUCAACAAUAAAGACGAGCUUCAAAGUUCUUCACCCGAUGACACUCUCCCGAUGCUAGGUAUUGCUUCGGGUGACCUAAUCUUCUUCACCACAACUCCCAAUCCUCAAGGAUCAUCAAAAUCCCCAACUUCCUCCGUCCCAGGUUCUAAUUUCCCGGUCGAUUCUCCUGAGAAACCAGAUUCCGUCAAGCAGAACGAGAUAGAAUCAAAUUCGAGUUCUGAUUUGCAGGUAGAAUCGUCCAUCGAGAACGAGAAAGCCCUAGAGUCCCUUCACCCUGGAAAACGAGAAGAGGGAGAAUUCAUGGAAGUGGAAUGGGAAGAAAAAGACUCGAGUUCAAUUGAAGUUGCGGCUGGGAAAUCGUUUUCAAUUCCUGGAUUCUUGAAAAAAGUUUUCACGGAAGAGUUGAGAAACGACGACGAUGGUAGUAAAGAUCACAAACUUUUAAUGGUUGCUGUUCAUGCUGUUCUUCUUGAGUCUGGUUUUAUUCGUUUUGACCCAAUUCUACAUAAAAAGAUUAUUGGACUUCAAUCACCAAACCAAAGAGGUACUGAUCUCUGUUACACGCUGCUUGACAUUGUUGAUGACCAGAAAAGUAAUAGUUAUACCAUUCCCAAUAUGAAGCUCAACCUUCAGACCUUAGGGAAGCUUGUGAUCAUUUAUGGCUCACUAUCAUCUGGCAGAUCCUCUAUACAUCAUGUGGAGCUGAACGAAGGAGACCUGGUCCCACUCUUGAAUGUUGCAUGGUCUCACUGUGGGCUAUCUGAGGAAAUAAUUCCUCCAGGUAAAGAUGGCCUUUUAUGGACAUCACCAGAGAAAGGGAUUUUCCAGUUCUGGAGGACUGUUAAAGACAGGCUUGCAUUGCCAUUGUUGAUUGAUAUGUGUGAGGUGGCUGGUUUAGGACUUCCUCCAUGCUUUAUGAGACUCCCCACUGAACUUAAGUUGAGCAUCUUGGAGUUGCUGCCUGGCGUUGAUUUGGGUAAGAUGAGUUGUGUCUCCUCAGAGUUAAACUACUUGAUUUCAAAUGAAGAACUAUGGGAAAAGAAGUUUGUGAGUGAAUUUGGUACUUGGGAUUUUUCUCUUAAAAUUCAAGAUUGGAAGCGUAAGUUUAAGCUGGCUUUGGGACUCCAAAAGUCCAAGAGAGUGAGUACUGAAUGGCUCAGAAAUAGAAGAAGAUCUUCCGGAUAUACAGGUCCAUUUAUUCCUCCACGGCAGCCGAUAGAUAUUGGAGGUUAUAAUCCGUUGCUUCCACCACCAUUUGGGAAUAUCCAUUAUGUUGAUAACAAUAUUCUCCCUCCUAGUCGUCGGGGUAGCCAUGUGCCUCGUUGUGAUCCUAGAUAGCAUUUGGAACUCAUGAUUUUCUGCUUAGUCAAAAGAAUCUUUUCUUGUUCAAGUUGGAGUUGAUAUGUUGUUACUAGAAUAUAUGAUGGCACAUCAAUACUUGCUCUCUUUGGUAUUAUCAUACGGGCUCAUAUGUUGCUAUUAUUUUGAUGCAUUGUACUAUGGAAGUUUUGUAUAAAAAUCCUUGUUUUCAUAUCAAUAUUUGGUUUUUGGACACAAUGUAAGUAGCUACAUAUUUGUGCAUUGAUGCCUUCUUCUUGGAUAAGGCAUAAUGAGAUGUACUUGCUGAACAAUAUCUAUAUAUUAUUAAGUCAAUUAAGUCA